UGUCUUAAGCAUUAAAGCGUAUGUUAAUAUUGUUAAUCAUGUACAAUGAUAGAACAACUACUGCCUAAAUGGAAUUAGAGUAGCCGACAAAAUCAUUGAAGAUACCGUCUCUUCCAGUUUGAAAUGUGUUUGUGGUCGUGCAUCCAUGUUGUGGCUGUUAGUAAUAACAUAACUUGAUUUGUGCAGGAAAUUUUCACCUUAUGAUAGUUAUUUCGUUGGAAUUACUGCAAUUCAGUAAUGUUAAUGAGAAUAUGGUUAUUCGGAAUUACAUUAGCUCUCGUUUCUUGUGAGCUCACCGGGGACCACAUUUGCGAGGAGGAAGAGCGAUACCCAGUGAACAUUACCGAGUUUUCUUUGAGGAAUGUUACAGUAAGGAAUUACAAAUGGUGCAUGGGAUUCCCACCGAGAUGUUCAUUCUACACCUUGAAAACCGUGAAGGUUCCUGAAGUUGUUGAGAGGCUAGAGACUAGGCUUGUGAGAAAAUGCUGCCCCGGAUUUGCAGAGAAUGUGAAUCGUGAUGGAUGCGUUCCCUGCAAGAAAUGUUUCGAGGGAAUCUGUGGCAUCGGGGGAAACUGUUUAUGCAAUUCAGGUUUCCGUGGAGCUGAUUGUGCUGAUGCUUGUGAAUCUAUGCGCUGGGGAGUUAAUUGCCAGCAGGAAUGUUUGUGUGAGCAUGGAAACUGCAACCCAAGAACAGGAAGAUGUGACUGUCCCACAGGAUGGUUCGGAACCAGAUGUGAAGUGCCCUGUCUAGAAGGUUUCUACGGUAAACAUUGCAUCAAUAGAUGUAGUUGCGGAGAAAGAGAUCUCUGCAGUCCCGAAACGGGGGAUUGCUUGAGGAAAAAAACCCGUCAGCAAGACCAUCAUUCAACUCGAGCUAUUCAAUACAUGACUGAACAUGUCCUCAACAUCACCCUCCCAAUAAACAAACAAAAGUCAACGCCUUCCUUGCAGAAAUAUUACACGUUUGAUAUGGAACUCAACAACAACAAUACUGCCGAGGAAAAUGAAAUAAUCGAUGAACUGAACAUAAAAAGACAAAACACAAAAAUCAACAACAAAGUAACCGCUAGUUCAGAGAGAAGAAGACCAACAAGAAAACAAUACAAAAGCACAACACAGGCAAUGACAAAAAAUAAUAAUGCUGAUAAAAAAUAUGGCAACACCUUGGGAAGUGUAGAAGAUUCUGCGGAAAGCACGACAGAAAUGAGUUCGGAAAUCGCUCGUAAUAUUGAAAAUGUAGCAAUCAUUGAUGAAAAUGGGUCGUUAGAAUAUAAUAAAAAAAUUAAUCCAUUAGAUAAGUCACAAGAAAUUAUCCAUGAUAAUUUUGGAUUGAGCGAAAGAAAAAGGAAUAAAACGGAAUACAGAGAAAAGACGAAACAUGCAUACAAUAAUAAUGGAAGGAACAGAAACGAAUCGACAGCUAACAGAAAAACGGGAAAAGAUGUUUCCGAAAAUUCGAACGAAAAAGGGCAUGUAGAUGUUACCCGCACACAGAAAAUACUGGAUGCGGAACCAUACGAAAAUUUAACGACGGUAUAUCCAAAUAAUCCAGUUCGGAAUCAUUCCGAUUAUUCUACGAAUGUUGAAGGGUUCAAUAGGAACAGUGAAACGACUAGUUCUGUUGAUACAUUCCGCCCAGUUGAUGUGACUCUUCAUAGGGUGGAAGAUAUAAUACCUCCUACUUCAAACAAACCAGCUUCCAUAACAACCCCUUCGUCAAAAGGAGAUGAGGCAUCGGAUCAUGCUAUUGCUCUGGAAGAGAAUGAACUUCAGAAUUUAGACGUUAUAAAUAACAUCUUAACCAGCAGAGAAACUACAACGCCAUCUAGACCUUUCUUCACAACAAUUGGACAAAAUAAUGCACUGAGGAAAGAGAUUUUAUCAUUUGGGGAUGUCGUACCCUCGACCAAAAGUAUUGAUAUGAAAAAUGAUUUGUAUCCUCCUGAAUCAACAGAAAAUCAAAUAUCGAUGAAAGAAACAUAUGAAAGAAGGAAUGGAAAUGAGCAAAUUGGCGGAGUUUCGGAAGAAUACGAAUAUUCCACCAAUAAUAAUAGCAAUAUAACCACCCAUAUGAGCAUAGUAGCUUUAGUCUCAUUGAUUUCAGUACUCGUUCUUUCAGGAGUAAUUUUGGUGCAUCAUUACAGUCGGAAAAGGAAAACGAAAAAAAUCGAUAACCAGAAUUAUACAGGUCCCACAGUUUCUGUGUAUACACACAGUAUAUUUCACACCCCGUUACCAGAUCCUCCAAUUUUCGAAAAUCCUGUAUUCAAGACGCCAUCAGAGGUAUCGAAUGACCACCGAACAAUUCAAACUCAUGUAAUAUGCAGUUUGAAUUUUCCAGAAAAUAAAAUUUGUGAUGAAAAGGAGUAUACCUAUGACCAUCCACCGUCAACUGGAAGCUAUAGGGCCGCCUCCAUUCCUGAACCACCAGAAAUACUUGAAACCCUUAAUUCCGAACCGGUUUACGAUGAGAUACCAUCCAGCAGAAGGGGAAAUCAAACCAUGUCACCACCACCCUCUUAUAAGUCAUCCUGUUUGUAUAUGAACACUUGUGGAAAGACAAGAUUUUAAAAAAGAUAAAAGUGAUAUUAAUUAUAUCAUCCUGAAGUUUUGUACAUUUUAGUUUUGAAGAUAUUUAUUUGAGGGUCUAUGACUAAAAGUAUAUGAUCAUUAAUGUAUCCGGUUUAAUAUGAAAUAAAUAUAACCUUCAUUCA